CUAGUUUGUUCGGGGAGGUUGCAACUCGUUUCGCCUCAGUUCUAGAAAGCACUGCAGACUACUUUGACAAGAAAAUGGAUACCAGUGGAGUGAAGGUCCUGGAGACGGCCGAAGACAUCCAGGAGCGCCGACAGCAGGUCUUGGACCGCUAUCGGCGCUUCAAGGAGCUGUCGUCCGUGCGCAGGCAAAAGCUGGAGGACUCCUAUCGCUUCCAGUUCUUCCGACGUGAUGCUGACGAGCUUGAAAAAUGGAUCCAGGAAAAGCUGCAGAUUGCCUCAGAUGAGAACUACAAAGACCCCAGCAACCUGCAGGGAAAGCUCCAGAAACAUCAGGCGUUUGAGGCCGAAGUGCAGGCCAACGCUGGAGCCAUCGUGAAACUGGACGACACAGGCAACCAGAUGAUCUCUGAGAGCCACUUUGCAUCCGAAACCAUCAGGACCCGCCUGGAAGAACUGCAUCGCCUGUGGGACCUGCUGCUACAGAAGACCAAGGAGAAGGGGGUGCGUCUGCUGCAGGCUCAGAAGCUGGUGCAGUACCUGCGUGAGUGUGAGGAUGCCUUGGACUGGAUUAGUGACAAGGAAGCCAUCGUUACCUCAGAAGAGCUUGGACAAGAUCUUGAGCAUGUGGAGGUGCUACAGAAGAAGUUUGAGGAGUUCCAGACAGACCUGGCGGCUCACGAGGAGAGAGUUAAUGAGGUGAACCAGACCGCCGCCAAGCUAACCCAGGAGUCCCACCCUGAGGCUGAGCUGAUUGUGAAGAAACAGGAUGAAGUGAAUGCUGCCUGGCAGAGGCUGAAAGGCCUGGCCCAGCAGAGGCAAGGGAAGCUGUUUGGAGCUGCUGAGGUGCAACGCUUCAACCGGGAUGUGGAUGAGACCAUCAGCUGGAUUAAGGAGAAGGAGCAGCUGAUGGCAUCUGAUGACUUUGGCCGUGACUUAGCCAGCGUUCAGGCACUGCUGCGCAAACAUGAGGGUUUGGAGAGGGACCUCGCUGCCUUAGAGGAUAAGGUGAACACUCUUGGUGGAGAGGCUGAGCGUCUACAGCAGACACACCCUCAGAAUGCUUCUCAGAUUCACCUGAAGAGAGACGAGCUCAUCACCAACUGGGAGCAGAUCCGGAUGCUGGCCGCCGAGCGACACGCCCACCUCAAUGACUCCUACAGGCUGCAGCGUUUCACUGCUGAUUUCCGUGACCUCACCAGCUGGGUGACUGAGAUGAAGGCUCUGAUUAAUGCCGACGAGUUGGCCAACGAUGUGGCUGGAGCAGAGGCUCUCCUGGACCGUCACCAGGAACACAAGGGUGAGAUCGAUGCCCAUGAGGACAGUUUCAAAGCCACUGAUGAGGCUGGUCAGGCACUGCUCAACACUGGACAUUACGCUUCUGAAGAAGUAAAAGAAAAGCUGGUAAUCCUGACUGAGGAGAAGGAAUCUCUGUUGGAGCUGUGGGAGUUGCGGAGACAGCAGUAUGAACAGUGCAUGGAUCUGCAACUCUUCUACAGAGACACCGAACAAGUUGACAACUGGAUGAGCAAACAGGAGGCUUUCCUGCUGAAUGAAGACCUGGGAGACUCUCUGGACAGCGUAGAGGCUCUGCUGAAGAAGCAUGAAGACUUUGAGAAGUCCCUCAGCGCCCAAGAGGAAAAGAUCACUGCCUUGGAUGAAUUUGCCACCAAGCUCAUCCAGAACAACCAUUACGCUAAAGAGGACGUGGCCACUCGCAGAGAUGCACUGCUGAACAGACGCAACGCUCUUCAUGAGCGCGCUCAGUCUCGCCGUGCGGCUCUGGAAGACUCCUUCCACCUGCAGCAGUUCUUCCGUGACUCUGACGAACUGAAGAGCUGGAUUAACGAGAAGAUGAAGACAGCAACCGACGAAGCAUACAAGGACCCCUCCAACCUUCAGGGCAAAGUGCAGAAGCACCAGGCCUUUGAGGCUGAGCUCUCAGCCAAUCAGAGCCGCAUUGACGCACUGCAGAAAUCUGGCCAGGAACUGAUUGAUGGGAAACACUAUGCCACUGCAGAAGUGUCUGCCCGCAUGGAUGAAGUCAGCUCUCAGUGGAAGAAACUCCUGGAAGCCACUGAACUGAAAGGGAGCAAGCUGCGUGAGGCCAACCAGCAGCAGCAGUUCAACCGUAAUGUUGAGGACAUUGAGCUGUGGCUCUAUGAGGUGGAGGGACACCUGGCCUCUGAUGACUACGGAAAAGACCUGACCAGCGUACAAAACCUGCAGAAGAAGCAUGCUCUCCUGGAGGCUGAUGUGGCUGCUCACCAGGACCGAAUUGACGGGAUCACCAUCCAGGCUAGGCAGUUCCAGGAGGCUGGCCACUUUGACGCUGAUAACAUCCGUAAGAAGCAGGAAGCUCUGGUGGCCCGUUAUGAGGCUCUGAAAGAUCCUAUGGCAGCCCGUAAACAGAAGCUGUCAGACUCUCUGCGCCUGCAGCAGCUCUUCCGCGAUGUGGAGGAUGAGGAGACCUGGAUCCGGGAGAAAGAACCAAUCGCUGCUUCCACCAACAGAGGUAAAGACCUGAUUGGAGUGCAGAACCUGCUGAAGAAGCACCAGGCAUUGCAAGCUGAGAUUUCUGGUCAUGAGCCCAGGAUCAAGGCAGUAACACAGAAGGGAGAGGCCAUGGUGGACGAAGGUCACUUUGCAGGAGAGGAUGUAAAAGUGAAGCUGGGCGAACUGAGUGGCCGCUGGGACACUCUGAAGGCCAAAGCUGCCCAGCGUAGGCAAGACCUUGAGGACUCCCUGCAGGCCCAGCAGUACUUUGCCGACGCCAACGAGGCUGAGUCUUGGAUGAGGGAAAAGGAGCCAAUUGUUGGCAGCACUGAUUACGGCAAAGAUGAAGAUUCUGCUGAGGCUCUUCUGAAGAAACACGAGGCUCUGAUGUCUGACCUGAGUGCCUAUGGCAGCAGCAUCCAGGCUCUGAAGGAACAGGCCCAGGCCUGCAGGCAACAAGUGGCCCCCACUGACGAUGAGACUGGUAAGGAACUGGUGCUGGCUCUGUAUGACUACCAGGAGAAGAGCCCUCGUGAAGUCACCAUGAAAAAAGGAGACAUCCUCACCCUACUCAACAGCACUAACAAGGACUGGUGGAAGGUGGAAGUGAAUGACAGACAGGGCUUUGUGCCUGCUGCCUAUGUGAAGAAACUGGAUCCAACCCAGUCCUCCUCACGAGAGAACCUUCUGGAUGAGCAAGGCAGCAUCGCCCUGCGACAGGAACAGAUCGAGAACCAGUCUGUGGUCACCAAGGAGACGUGCAGUGUGUCUGUACGCAUGAAGCAGGUGGAGGAACUGUAUGGCACUCUGCUGGAACUGGGAGAAAAGCGUAAAGACAUGUUGGAGAAGAGCUGUAAGAAGUUCAUGCUGUUCCGUGAGGCCAAUGAGCUGCAGCAGUGGAUCAAUGAGAAAGAGGGCGCACUCACCAAUGAGGAGGUGGGCUCUGACCUGGAGCAGGUGGAGGUGCUGCAGAAGAAGUUUGACGACUUUCAGAAGGAUUUGAAAGCCAAUGAAUCUCGUCUGAGGGACAUUAAUAAAGUGGCAUCUGAGCUGGAAUCUGAGGGACUUAUGGCUGAAGAAGCCCCAGUUGUUCAGCAACAAGAAAUGCUGGGAUCAGCUCCUGGCAAAGAUGACGUGGAUUCCAAAAGUGCCUCUCCAUGGAAGUCUGUUCGCUUGGCUGUCCAAACGACGGCUAACUUUAAUACUAUCAAGGAGCUGAAUAACCGCUGGAGAGCACUGCAGCAGCUUGCUGAGGAGAGGAGCAACAUGCUGGGCAGUGCCCAUGAAGUGCAGAGGUUCCACAGGGAUGCUGAUGAGACCAAAGAAUGGAUUGAGGAGAAGAACCAGGCAUUAAACACUGAUAACUACGGACAUGAUCUGGCCAGUGUUCAGGCUCUACAGCGCAAACAUGAGGGCUUUGAGAGAGACCUGGCUGCCCUGGGAGACAAGGUGAACUCUCUGGGGGAGACAGCAGAGCGCCUGAUCCAGUCCCACCCUGAAGCAGUGGAUGACAUUAAGGAGAAAUGCACUGAGCUAAACACAGCUUGGAGCAGCCUCGUGGGACGAGCAGAUCAGCGCAAAGACAAACUAGGCAACUCACAUGACCUGCAGCGAUUCCUCAGUGACUUCAGGGACCUGAUGUCCUGGAUCAAUGGCAUCAGGGGCCUGGUGUCCUCAGAUGAGCUGGCUAAAGACGUGACUGGAGCUGAAGCCUUGCUGGAGAGACAUCAGGAGCAUCGCACUGAGAUCGAUGCCCGCGCUGGCACCUUCCAGGCCUUUGAGCAGUUUGGACAGCAGCUCCUGGCCAGAGGUCAUUACGCCAGCCCUGAGAUUCAGCAGAAACUGGAAGCCCUGGACCGGGAACGGGCUGAUCUGGAGAAGGCUUGGGUUCAGCGCAGGAUGAUGCUGGACCAGUGCCUGGAGCUUCAGCUGUUUAACCGUGACUGUGAGCAGGCUGAGAACUGGAUGGCAGCUCGUGAGGCUUUCCUGGCCAGUGAUGAUAAGGGUGACUCUCUGGACAGUGUAGAGGCCCUUAUUAAAAAACACGAGGACUUUGACAAAGCUAUCAAUGUGCAGGAAGAGAAGAUUGCUGCAUUGCAGUCUUUUGCUGAUCAGCUUGUUGGUGGUGACCACUAUGCUAAAUCUGAGAUCUCCAAGCGCCGCAAUGAGGUCUUGGACAGGUGGCGCCGUCUAAAAGCUCAGAUGAUUGAGAAGCGCUCUAAGCUGGGUGAGUCACAGACUCUGCAGCAGUUCAGCCGUGAUGUGGAUGAGAUAGAGGCUUGGAUCAGUGAGAAACUCCAGACUGCAACUGAUGAGUCUUACAAAGACCCCACCAACAUCCAGCUGUCCAAGCUGCUGAGCAAGCAUCAGAAACACCAGGCCUUCGAGGCCGAGCUGCACGCCAAUGCUGACCGUAUCCGAGGAGUGAUUGACACAGGCAACGCCCUCAUCCAGAGAGGUGCCUGUGCAGGCAGUGAGGAUGCAGUAAAGGCACGUCUCAACGCUCUGGAUGAGCAGUGGCAGUUCCUGGUUAACAAAUCAGCUGAGAAGAGUCAGAAACUUAAGGAGGCCAACAAGCAGCAGAACUUCAACACUGGCAUCAAGGACUUUGACUUCUGGCUUUCUGAGGUUGAAGCUCUCCUGGCUUCUGAGGAUUAUGGGAAAGAUCUGGCCUCAGUCAACAACCUACUGAAGAAGCACCAGCUUCUGGAAGCCGACAUCUCUGCCCACGAGGAUCGUCUGAAGGAUCUGAACGGCCAGGCCGAUAGCCUAAUGGCCAGCAACGCCUUCGACACCUCGCAGGUCAAAGACAAACGUGAUGCUGUCAACGGACGCUUCGGCAAGAUCAAGAGCAUGGCUGCCGGACGUCGUGCCAAACUCAACGAGUCACACCGCCUGCACCAGUUCUUUAGGGACCUGGAUGACGAGGAGUCUUGGAUCAAAGAGAAGAAAUUGCUAGUGAGCUCGGAGGACUACGGACGUGAUUUGACGGGGGUACAGAAUCUGAGGAAGAAGCAUAAGAGACUGGAGGCUGAGCUGGGAGCCCACGAACCAGCCAUUCAGUCUGUGUUGGACACUGGGAAGAAGCUGUCAGAUGACAACACUAUUGGUCAAGAGGAGAUUCAGCAGAGGCUGCAGCAGUUUGUAGAGCACUGGAAGGAGCUGAAGGAUCUGGCUGCUGCCCGGGGGCAGAGGCUUGAGGAGUCUCUGGAGUAUCAGCAGUUUGUGGCGAAUGUAGAGGAGGAGGAAGCAUGGAUAAAUGAGAAACUGAACUUGGUGGGAAGUGAGGACUACGGCGAUACGCUGGCAGCUGUGCAAGGCUUGCUGAAGAAGCAUGAAGCGUUUGAGACGGACUUUACUGUGCACAGGGACAGAGUGAAUGAUGUGUGUGCCAAUGGAGAUGAACUGAUUAAGAAGGAAAACCAUCACGUUGACAACAUCACUGCUAAGAUGAAGGCCCUUCGUGGUAAGGUGACUGAGCUUGAGAGAGCAGCCGCCCAGAGGAAGGCUAAACUGGACGAGAACUCUGCCUUCCUACAGUUCAACUGGAAGGCUGAUGUUGUGGAGUCCUGGAUCGGUGAGAAGGAGAACAGCCUGAAGACUGAUGACUAUGGCCGUGAUCUGUCCUCUGUUCAGACACUGCUCACCAAGCAGGAAACCUUUGACGCUGGGCUUCAGGCCUUCCAGCAGGAGGGUAUCACCAACAUCACGGCCCUGAAAGACCAGCUCUUGGCAGCCAAACACGUUCAGUCUCGUGCUAUUGAGGCACGUCAUGCUACACUCAUGAAACGCUGGAACCAGCUGCUUUCCAACUCGGCCGCCCGCAAGAAGAAGCUUCUGGAAGCCCAGGAGCACUUCAGGAAGGUGGAAGACCUUUUCCUCACGUUUGCCAAGAAAGCAUCGGCCUUCAACAGCUGGUUUGAAAAUGCGGAGGAGGAUCUGACCGACCCAGUGCGUUGUAACUCCUUGGAGGAGAUCAGGGCAUUGCGCGAUGCCCACGAUGCCUUCCGUUCCUCUCUCAGCUCUGCCGAGGCCGACUUCAGUCAGCUGGCUGAACUGGACCGUCAAAUCAAGAGCUACCAGGUGGUGUCCAACCCCUACACCUGGUUCACCAUGGAGGCUCUGGAGGAAACCUGGAGGAACCUGCAAAAGAUCAUUAAGGAGCGUGAGCUGGAGCUGCAGAAGGAGCAGAGACGGCAGGAGGAGAACGAUAAGCUUAGACAGGAGUUUGCUCAGCACGCCAAUGCUUUCCACCAGUGGCUGCAGGAGACCAGGACAUAUCUUCUGGAUGGCAUAGCCUAUCGGCGGGUUAUCCGUGUCUAUCAGUAUGAAGUCGGGGAUGAUCUCUCCGGAAGGUCCUGCAUGGUGGAAGAGUCUGGAACUCUGGAGUCUCAGCUCGAGGCCACUAAGCGUAAGCACCAGGAGAUCCGUGCCAUGCGGAGCCAGCUGAAGAAGAUUGAAGACCUUGGAGCAGCUAUGGAAGAGGCACUGAUCCUAGACAAUAAGUACACAGAACACAGCACAGUGGGCCUGGCCCAGCAAUGGGACCAGCUCGACCAGUUAGGCAUGAGGAUGCAACACAACCUGGAGCAACAGAUCCAAGCCAGGAACACCACUGGAGUGACAGAAGAGGCACUGAAGGAAUUCAGCAUGAUGUUCAAGCACUUUGACAAAGAGAAGUCUGGCCGUUUGAACCACCAGGAGUUUAAGUCCUGCUUGCGUUCUCUGGGCUAUGAUCUACCUAUGGUGGAGGAGGGCGAACCAGAUCCGGAGUUCGAGUCCAUUCUGGACACAGUUGAUCCCAACAGGGAUGGCAACGUGUCCUUGCAGGAGUACAUGGCCUUCAUGAUUAGCCGUGAAACAGAGAACGUCAAGUCCAGUGAGGAGAUUGAGAGCGCUUUCCGUGCCCUCAGUGCUGAGAACAAGCCCUACGUCACCAAGGAAGAACUCUACCAGAACCUGACCAAGGAGCAGGCAGACUACUGCAUUUCCCACAUGAAACCCUACCUGGACAGCAAGGGACGCGAACUUCCGUCGGCUUUCGACUUUGUCGAGUUUACCCGCUCACUUUUUGUCAACUGAUCUUCCCCCACCCCCUUGCCUGCCAGUGACCAAUCGGGAAGCGUUUUCCCCAUCACAAGACCACAAGGCCAAACUGCAUGAAUCUGAUGUUAGAUCUCUCUAUAGCACUCACUAUCUGUAUCUAGCUCUUCUGUCUUACCUAUUUAUCUCACACUCUUUGUGCUUCACUGACAAUAGUAUAGUGAAUCUGUCCGCAUUUUAGUGUGUUUGCUUUAACUGUUAAGGUGCUGUGCUUGAUUUUAAGAAAUCUAUACAGAUGGUAUGCUGUAACAUCACUCUUAAGACUGCAGUGUGCAUUAAUAAACGCUACUGGUUAGAACUGG